AUUGGAACCAAAUUGGAACCGAAUCUUACUUAUCUGUUAUUUUAAUGUCAAAGUCAAACAAAUUUAAGAAUCAUUUGUGUAGGGUGAUUCUAUUUCUAAUUAAACGUUAAAUAAUAAACAUAAUAACCAUGGAUUCUAUGAGAGAAAAAGCAUUUCAAGAUUAUCGUAAGAAGUUAAUGGAACACAAAGAAGUGGAGUCAAGAUUAAAAGAUAUGCGAGAACAGUUAAAAGAUCUCACCAAGCAAUACGACAAAAGCGAGAAUGAUUUAAAAGCAUUACAAAGUGUUGGUCAGAUAGUCGGUGAAGUUCUCAAGCAGUUGACAGAAGAAAAAUUUAUUGUAAAGGCAACAAAUGGACCGAGAUAUGUUGUGGGUUGCCGACGUCAAUUAGACAAAAACAAGCUAAAGGGAGGCACCAGAGUCGCCUUGGAUAUGACAACGCUGACCAUCAUGAGACAUUUGCCAAGAGAGGUGGAUCCCCUUGUUUACAACAUGAGUCAUGAAGACCCGGGUGACGUCACUUACUCUGCUAUCGGUGGUCUGCAGGAACAGAUCAGGCAACUGAGAGAGGUAAUCGAACUGCCACUAAUGAAUCCAGAACUCUUUGUCCGUGUGGGAAUCACUCCACCUAAGGGAUGCUUGUUAUACGGGCCGCCCGGUACUGGCAAGACUUUGUUAGCUAGGGCCGUAGCUUCUCAGCUAGAUGCUAACUUCUUAAAGGUUGUGUCAUCAGCGAUCGUAGACAAGUACAUUGGUGAAUCAGCCCGCCUUAUCCGCGAGAUGUUUAACUACGCAAGAGACCAUCAACCCUGCAUCAUAUUCAUGGAUGAAAUUGAUGCUAUCGGUGGAAGACGUUUCUCAGAAGGUACGAGUGCAGAUCGUGAAAUCCAACGUACACUAAUGGAACUACUUAAUCAAAUGGACGGUUUCGAUUCCCUGGGUCAAGUGAAGAUCAUCAUGGCCACCAACCGACCUGAUACCCUGGACCCUGCCCUACUCCGACCCGGUAGACUGGAUAGGAAGAUUGAGAUACCGCUACCUAAUGAACAAGCUCGGCUGGAGAUUCUCAAGAUACACGCUGCACCCAUAGCUAAACACGGUGAAAUGGAUUACGAAGCUGUUGUAAAGCUGUCUGAUGGGUUCAACGGAGCCGACCUUAGGAAUGUGUGCACUGAGGCCGGACUGUUUGCUAUCCGUGCGGAAAGAGAAUAUAUUGUACAGGAGGAUCUAAUGAAAGCAGUGCGCAAGGUCGCAGACAACAAGAAACUCGAAAGCAAGUUGGAUUACAAGCCAGUGUAAAGUGAAAUGUUUGAGAUAAACAAAUACAUAUAUACAUGUUGUCAUUAAUAUUCAUUUCUUAAUAAAAUUUAGUUUAAACGCC